AUGAUACUUCCGUUCCUAGCAUUCUUGCUGAUUCGAGAAAUUGGAAAAGGGCGGUUGGCUAGAAGACAGCUUAUGAGAAGUCAGGCGUCAAAUGCGAAACCUGACAACACGACGAUAGUGAUUUCCACAAUGACAGUAGUCUCAAUGCUAGCCGAGUUGCCAAGCGGAAUUCACAACUUUUUUUUCCUGUAUUAUACUGAAUUUUCAAGAGACACGGAUAUAAUAGAGUUCCUUGUCCUUCUACACGGACCUUUCAAAUUAUUGACCGCAUUCAAUACAAUGUCUCAUUGCUUGAUUAGUUUGGCAGUAUCAUCUCAGUAUCAAAAUGCAGUUGUAUCAUUGUUUCCGAUUGUUCGGAAACUAAAGAAACCAAGAAAUAUAAUAAGAGUGACACCGAGUGGCUCAUCGGAGGGUAACAUGAUGACAAGGGCUUUUUACAAGAAAUAA